AUGGCUUCGUCGCUUCGAUUUGGGAGCUCGCUACUCCGCUCGUCGAGACCCCUCGUCCAGAAAUCUGCCUUCAAUGGUGUUCGCUGCGCAAGCACUCAAUCUCUGAAAGAAGUCUUCGCCGCUAAGCUUCCCGGGGAGGUCGAGAAGGUCAAGAAGCUGCGAAAAGACUAUGGCAAUAAGGUCAUUGGCGAGGUCACUCUUGAUCAAGUCUACGGUGGUGCUCGAGGCAUCAAGUCGCUGGUCUGGGAAGGUUCCGUCCUCGACUCAGAAGAGGGUAUCAGAUUCCGUGGGAAAACCAUUCCGGAAUGCCAGGAAGUCCUUCCAAAGGCUCCUGGUGGUGAGGAGCCUCUGCCAGAAGGGUUGUUCUGGCUGCUCUUGACCGGCGAAGUCCCCAGCGAGCAACAGGUCAAGGAUCUGUCUGCCGACUGGGCUGCCCGUUCAGAUCUCCCCAAGUUCGUUGAGGAGCUCAUUGACCGCUGCCCUACGGACAUGCACCCCAUGGCUCAAUUUUCCAUCGCCGUGGCCGCCCUCGAACACACCUCCGAGUUUGCCAAAGCCUACGCCAAGGGCAUUAACAAGAAGGAAUACUGGAGCUACACCUUCGAGGACUCGAUGAACCUGAUCGCGAAGCUACCUACCGUCGCAGCCAAGAUCUACCGCAAUGCAUACAAGGAUGGCAAGGUUGCCCCGAUUCAGAAAGAUAAGGACUAUUCCUUCAACCUGGCCAACCAGCUUGGAUUUGGUGACAACCAUGACUUUGUCGAGCUCAUGCGCCUUUACCUCACAAUCCACUCCGAUCAUGAGGGCGGCAAUGUGAGCGCCCACACCACUCAUCUGGUCGGCAGUGCCCUGAGCUCCCCCUACCUGUCUUUUGCGGCCGGUCUCAACGGCCUGGCCGGGCCUCUUCACGGAUUGGCCAACCAGGAAGUCUUGAACUGGCUCACCAAGAUGAAGGAGACCAUUGGCGACGACCUCAGCGACAAGGCCAUCACUGACUAUCUCUGGUCCACUCUCAACGCCGGCCGUGUGGUUCCUGGCUACGGUCACGCAGUUCUCCGCAAGACUGACCCUCGCUACGUCUCGCAGCGCGAGUUUGCUCUUCGUAAACUACCCAACGACCCAAUGUUCCAGCUUGUCAGCCAGGUCUACAAGAUUGCUCCAGGUGUCUUGACCGAGCAUGGCAAGACCAAGAACCCAUUCCCCAACGUCGAUGCUCACUCCGGUGUCCUCCUCCAAUACUACGGGUUGACCGAAGCUAACUACUACACUGUUCUCUUCGGCGUCUCCCGCGCUCUUGGUGUCCUGCCGCAGCUUAUUAUCGACCGCGCCCUAGGUGCUCCGAUCGAACGACCCAAGUCUUUCAGCACGGAAGCUUACGCCAAGCUGGUUGGAGCUACAUUGUGA